AUGGCGGCCGCUUCAGCCAUACGAGGCCGAAGGAGACGCAGCACAGAUGCAAGUCAACUACAUAUAAGGCAGAACAACCGACCGCUGGGCGGCGGGGACGAAGGAGGGGGAAUAGGUGCAAAUGCUGUCAUAAUCGGGGCACUCGCCGGGAUAGUCCUCUUCAUCGCCGCCUGCGUCAUUUUUUAUACCAUGCUCCGAAGAUGGCGUGUUCAAGGAAAGAGGCCGAAGUAUAUCCCGGGAAAAUUCCUGAAACAGAAAUGGCAACAGUGGCAGCCUCGUGGAAAAUACAAUGCCGUCCGCAAUCGAGAUCUUUCUUCCACGACUACCGCAUACAAUGGCAGUGAACUCGAAUCGGGCGCGGGAGGUGGUGCGGGUGUAGACCGGAACACGAGCGUGCGAUCCGUGAUGACAUUACCUGCGUAUUCAAGGACGCCCAAAGACACUGAACAGGUGAUCGGGCGGGAGGGAGAGAGAGGUGGUAUGGACACCGUCGUGGAGUUUCCCGAGACAGCGGACGAAGAAGAGAACCGCCGUGAAGAACAGAUGGAAUCCUUAUAUCAGAUUCGCCUGGCCCGACGACGGGAAAUCGAAGAACGAGAAGAACGCCGGCGUGAACGAAGAGAGGCUCGUGACAGAGGAGACACGGCUCGACUGGAGCAGCUGAGACGAGAAUCUCGGCAGCGGGCAAGUGAGAGCGCCGCUUCCCUCAACGGUGGCGCCAGCGUCUCGGCUGCCACGCUCAUUGCAGAGCAUCAGUCCCGCGGCCGAGAAAGCAGAGUAUCGAGCGUGGCCUAUGGCUCACUGGGCGAGGUCCGACACGAUGGAACUCGGCUUCGAGCGAACAGUAACGACUCGGAAAGAGGUGGGCUGCUGAGUGGAGCGGCACCUAUGGGCCAGAACAUUGGCCGAGCUCGAGGCCUUUCGGACGCGACAUCGAUGCACAGCCGCGAGCGCUCAGGGAGUGCUAUAAGUGUUUCAACUAUGGGCUCAGACAGCUAUCCUCAACCUACCCCUGGCUCUGAAAGAAGACAGAGCGAUGACCCCCCAAGUGGUCGUACAUCCAACUCUUCUCCCACGGCCAAUAGAUUCACGCCUGAUGAAAGCACCGGCUCAGAAGACAUUGGUGAGGCACGGUUACAGCCCCCGGAACUAAGCGACGCGAACCGGCCGCCCGAGUACGACUACCUCGAAUGGGGCGAUGCCCCUGCUUACGAGGCUGCCAUUGCGCGUCGUGCGACUGCUGCUAGUCGGCAGGCAGGUACUCCCAGCAGAGCACCGACGAAUGCAAGUCUUGCACCUCAACUACCACAGCUGAACCUGCCGAGGAUCAGCGUAUCGGGAGCAACGGAGCCAAAUACGCCUGUAUCCCCCAGUGUUCAGUCUGCUCCCUCAAACACAGUGUCCCCAACUUCGCCUGUCGCAACAAGCUAUGCGGACACAGUAGUGGAGAAUGCACAGCGGAGAUGA